AUGGCUUCUGUUCAGACGCCAUUUCUGGGUGCAAUUCCCGAAAAUGUCAACACCAAAACCCCAGGCUCGCACGUUGUGGAGUUGCCAUGGUGGAAGCGGGCGCGUUCAAAUCCACCAAAAUCCACAUGGAAACCAAACGCAUACCGACUUCUUCCUCUAGCGGCUGUCAUCGCUGCAUCUUGGGCGCUCAUCGUCGUUUUGCAACUCCUGCUCACUAAAAGCCAAAAGGAAGGAGGCAUUAUAAUCGCUGAAGCUAUCGAUGAUAUACCUCUCAGUACAUCGUUUUUGUAUCUCUACCUACCAACAGUCAUCGCAUUAGUCUUUGGUAUCUUCUGGGGUUGGAUCGAUCUUCAAGUGAAGAGACUAGAGCCUUAUCACCAGCUAAGCAAGCCUGACGGAGCAUGGGGCAAGGACAGCUUACUGCUCAGCUAUCCUUUUGACUUCUUACCGUUGGUACCUGUAAGCGCUCUCAAGAAAAAGCACUGGGCGGUCUUCUGGGCCAGUACAUGUGUCGUGUUCGUGACUUGGGGCGUUGUUCCGUUCCAGGCAGGUAUAUUCUCGUCCGAAACAAUACGGCUUUCUUCGACGAUCGGCUUCUCGCAUACAACUGGUUUCAUCCCAGCGAGCGAGCAAAGCGACAAAGUGGAUGCUCGAUAUAUCCACUCUGCCCAUGGCAUUAUAUGGCUCAACGAGACGUUGCCUCCGUACAUGACACGCGACUACACACUCACGCCAUUCGAGCCGGAAAUAGCAGAGCUUGGAAGGAAGGGCAAUCACCGCACCUGGACCUCGACGUCAACCCUCUACAGUUUGGACAUGAACUGCGAAAAACCAGGAGUAAGCUCAAAAGCUGAGCAGCAAAGCUCUGAUGGGUCCGAUUCAACCACAGUUCGAAAUUCGCAAUGGACAAGCAGCGACGGUUGCGCUUUUCCAACUUCUUACUACACCCCGAUUGGCAAUGAAACACUUGGACCAAAGAAAUAUUUCAACAACAGUAAAUCUAUAUGGGUGACCAAAGAGUACGCAUCAGUUUACAUUGGCUUUUAUCCCACUGAUAAUGCCGAUUACUAUCUCAAGACCUACUGUCCGCAAAACGCCAACCAUACCUUCAUGGCAUGGUUCACAAAGAACAAGCAGCGAGACGAAGACCCGCCGAACGAAGUGACUCGGCUCUACUGCACGCCUUUCUACUAUGAGCAAGAAGUAGUCGCGACGAUAGAUGCUAAGACCAGAGCACCUAUCAAUAUCACCACAACGAGUGGCAAGAGGGCACUUCCCGCCGAGAAAUGGAACUCGACUUACUUCGAACAACAGAUGAACACCGGCCAGCUGAAUGAGUUCAUCCGUGGUGCUCUUCCGUUAGACAAAUGGCCUGAUCAACUGGAGACUAUAUCCACGCAUCCCGUAAGCUUGAUUAAUUUCGCGACCGAUAUACAACCCAUGGCGGGAUACAUAAUAGGGGCCUCGCAGCGACCACUGGAGGAGCUACUGGAUUCUCGCGCCUUGGCUGCCGCUUAUGAGUCUGUUUAUCGCAUUGUCUUUGCUCGAUCAAUGGUUCAGAUUCUGGAUCAAGAUUUCACAACUACUUUCAACAGUUCAGGCCGCUAUGACUACGAGGCAGCCGCAAUUGUCGUCGUGCCUGUGUUCACCUACAUCGUCGAGGGGCUGCUGGGCUUUGUUUCAGUUUGCGGUAUCAUCCUAUUAUUGAUUUCUCUGAAACUUACCUGGAAAAUACGCUCUGAUCCAGCGACCAUUGCAAGCAUCCAAUCGCUGGUUGCUGACAACACAACCCUCCUUCAAGAGUUCAGCGCACUAGACCGCGCAAGUAUGGACGAGAUCGAGACAAGCCUCAAAGACAAAAAGUUCAAGCUAGACUGUGAUCAAGAAGGUGUUGUUAUUAUCGAAGCUGAUAGUUUCGAUACAGUCCGCAACCACGCCCACGGUGCAGUACAGAUUGAAUCAGAAGAAUCCCAAAUGGUCAAGCCGGUUCGACCCAAGGAGUUCAGAGCUUUCAUGAUCCUACUCUUUCUACUGCUUCAGGUUGCAUUGGCGGCUGUACUGGGUGUAUUGCUCCAUAAAAGCCAGCCUUUUGGCAUCGUCAGACCGUCCACAAACCCCUUGGUCCGCCAACUGCUCGAGAACUACAUACCUACGGCGCUCGCGACAUUGAUCGAACCGAUUUGGAUUCUCGUAAACCGACUUCUUUGCAUGCUUCAACCACUCGAAGAGCUUCGUGGCGGCCACGCGGCUGCAAGUCGCUCCAUCGAAGCCGACUACAGCUCGCUCCCGCCGCAACUCGUCAUUUUCAAAGCCUUGAAAUCAUCGCACUUCAAACUCGCAGCUGUCUGCACUAUGGCGCUACUUGCCAACUUUCUAGCGGUUGCAUUCUCUGGGAUGUUCCAUGAAAGUUCGGUGCUAGUGCCUCGAAACGUGCAGCUAGUUCCACCAUACCAGGCAAAGUUCGUUGAUGUCAAUGGUACUGUCGGUCCAGGUGACACUAGCCGCGACAUGGAGCAGAAUCCAUCUGGCGCUUAUACUGGAGGAUCGGGUUAUGAUCAGUUCAUGGUCGCCGAGUCCAACUAUACCACAGGAAACCCGCUGCCCGCCUGGACCGACAAUGAGUUCAUGUAUAUUCCUUUCAUGAACGAAACAAAGUAUAACGGGUCUGAAGGCGUUAAAGGUCAAACUACCGCAUUUGGUUCCACCCUUGAGUGCAAGACAAUACCAGAUACUGACUUCCACGUCAAUCUCAGAAGUUCGAUUACCGAUACAUAUGCAAAUAUCAGCAUCACGAUGCUGGACGAUCUAAGUGGCGAGCACGUCACCUGUUCUACGCGAUUGACAGUGGAACGAGGCCCGGCACCGACUCUCGGUUUACCUCCAGUGUGCGGCUCAGGCAGACUGGCAAUGGAGUUUGUCCUUCGAUUUCCGUCCCAAUCGAACGCAACUCGCGCAGAGCGUGAUUUCUGCCAACAGACUGCCUUCUUGGGAUAUGUUCGAGGAGAAAAUAGCUGGUGUAUACCAGAGAAGAACGGUACCACAACACUUGAUGACUCUACCGCUGUCUUUAUUGGCUGUCGAGCAAAGCUUGUUGCUGGUCAGGCGAACGUCCGUGUCGACAAAAAUGGGCGGGUAGAAAACGUGACAGACCUUGACGUGUCUUCCACACUCUCUUCUGACUUCUACAAUCAGCACUUUACGAACAGUACUUCGGGACCUACUACAGCUGGAGGUGCUGAUGAUCUGAUCGCCCAAGCCCACCGCUAUCUCUUCCAAUCCCAGGGCCGAAGGUACCACAACGACUCUUUCGCUACCGACUUUAUGAAUUACUUCAUGAUCAAGCAGACGAAUGAUAGCCGGCUCCUUGACCCUAACUCACCCCUGCCUUCACUUGAAGAUAUUACUGGGAAACUAUACCCGGUUUACAAGAAGCUCUUCGCAAUCUGGCUUGGUAUCAACAAGGACAAGCUUUUGGUCCCAUGGAACGACGCUUCCGUACCAGCAAUCCAAGGACAAACGAAUGAGCUCCAGACACGCAUUUUCUUGUCGAUGCCACUUUUUGUCAUGGCCGAAGUAAUAUUGGCACUGUACGCCAUUGUGGCGAUAUGCAUCUACCUGUGGCGACCAGGCAAGUUUCUGCCUAGAAUGCCUAUCUCUAUUGGCGCGAUCAUAGCGCUUUUUGCUGCUAGCGAAGCAGUCCAGGACAUGCGUGGAACGAGUCUAUUUACGAAGAAGGAGCGUGGACAACACCUUGAGAGACUUGGGAGAAUGUACGGCUAUGGUUCGUUUGCGGGCACUGAUGGCAAGCCGCACGAGGGUAUCGAAAAGGAGCCCUUGGUGAACGCUGUACCACUUCUAGGCGUGAUGAAAAAAGUCCAGAUUGGCUUUUCAGAGAAGAGCCUAGGGCUGCGACGCGGUAAAGCGCACUGA